AUUCGGACUGGAUAAGUGUGGUCAGAUGGUAGCAAGGAGAGAAAAGGUAGUCAGGACUGAGGGCAUAAAACUACAAGAAGGCAAGAUAGCAGAUGUGGAGGAUAGCUACAGAUACCUUGGAACCCCACAGCCAAAUGGUAACCACAAAGAGGUCGCAAGGACAACAGCAACCACUAAGUACCUCCAAAGGGUAAGGCAAGUCCUCAGAAGUCAGCUGAAUGGGAAGAACAAAGUCUGGGCGAUCAACACCUACGCCCUCCCGGUCAUCAGGUUCCCCGCUGGCGUAAAAAGCUGGCCAAAGGAAGAGAUGGAAGCCACUGACUUACAAUGCAUGGAGGGUUUCACCCCAAAUCCAGCACCCUGAGCUGAGUACAGCUGAAAGUCCCAAAGUCUUAAUGGGACACACCUCCAAAGGUGGUUGAGAAUGAUUCAGAUACAGGCUGACAAACUGGUAGUGGGGAACAGAGGUGAUGAGGAGGUGAUCGGCAGGUUUGGUGUAACUUUGCUAAGAGGAUGGAAUUGGCUAUGGUCAACACUAGGUAGGUGACCUACAAGAGUGAAGGUAGGCAGACACGGUUCACAACAGGAGACGCGAUGCUGUGAGAGAACGCGAGACUCUUCGAGAACAGCACGAGAAAUUCAACAAGGCGGCGCGACACCGGUAGUAAACAACAGCGCGACAAACUAUCCGCCAAUUUAAAUAAAUAACUACCUUAUUUUACGGAAAAUAAUCAACCACCCUACCAUUCUGGAUAACACCGAAGAAAGUUUCGAGUAUAUCGACGAGUGCUUCGAGCGUCUGGUAAUGGGGAAAAAGGAGACGGCUCCCAACAAGCGUUCCCGUCCGUCUGACUCACCUGAGUCACCUGGAGCUAGCUCGGCGGAUAAAAACAUCAUGGACAUCCUGGAGUCAAUCGAGAAAAAAAUAUCAAGCUUCGACGCACGUCUGGCGCUAGUGGAACUCCUCCACAAAGAGUUUAUGGCCCUCCGCGACUCCCUGGAAUUUAGCCAGCAGCAGGUGAUUUCUCUCGCCACCGAGAACGAGGCCCUGAAAGGAACGGUGCAGUCCCUGACGGAGGAUGUGGCUCAGCUAGCAGCCGAAAAUAAAAAAAUAAAAGAAGGUAUCAUCGAUCUGCAGGCCCGCAGCAUGAGGGACAACCUGGUGUUCUCGGGGAUUCCAGAACAGGCAGAGGAAAACACUGAAACCACAAUUAAAAACUUCAUUAAACAACAGAUGAAGAUUCCAGCGGAAGUUGUCGACAAGAUGGCGUUCCACCGUUCGCAUAGACUUGGAGGAAGACGACCGGAUGGCCAGCGCCCCCGACCCAUCGUUGCCAAGGUUCAUGACUUUAAGCAGAAGGAACUGGUUAAGAGCCGGGGCAGACAGCUGAAGGGAACCGACUACAGCGUCAACGACCAGUUCCCCAAGGAGAUCCUCGACCGCCGCCGCCGACUGUUCCCCAUCCGUAAGAGGUUCAUGGCAGAAGGCUGCAGGGCUGUCAUCAGCGUCGACAAACUGUACGUCAACGGAGAGCUCUACCGGGACCGGGAAGCAACUCCGUGGCUGUACUAGCAGGUGAACUGAGCGCGAUGAGGGUAAAUCUGGAUCUGGACUCCUUUCCCACCAUCAGCAGAAGAACCGAAGGAGAAGAAGCGCCGACCAACAACCAGAACUGGGUGGAAGCUCUGACACCACAGCAGCUGGAGGACACAGACCACAGCAUGGACGCCUCAGCGACCCUCACAACGUCUGCAGCCAUCACGUUCUGGGCUCAUCAGAUGAACCAGCUACUACAAGCGUGUGUGUCUGACACAGACACCUGCUUAUGACAAUCAGCAAAGGAAAACAAGAACAGAGCAACAGCAGAGUGAGAAGACGUGCUCUGACACAGACACUGGUUGAAACAACAGGAGAGGCUUCAGACGUGAUCGGCCCAAAAGAGCUGCAUGCGAGAAUCCAGGAAAGGUCUGUCAUCGAGGAACAACUGUCCCAUCGAAAGGCUUCACCCACUGGCGCUCACAUCAGACUGAUGGUUGGGGAAGGAGGAAGGUGACGGUUCCUUUUCACGUGACGUACAAGACGGUACCGCAAACACACACACACAUUCAUACACGCAAUGAAGAAACACGCUUACAGCUGAUACACGCUCAAAUUCAUGUUCAUGCUUAUCUGCUCGCAAUGAAGAAUCGCUUUUUGCUCAAAAAAUCCCACAGAGUGAUUUUCAAAUGAUGACAAACAGCUAAAUGACAACUGCUGCAUGACUUUACAGUCUGAUGGGUUUAAACUAUUUUAACUUGCAACAAAUUCAGUAAUAAAAUCCUUCAUGUCUCUAAAAAUACUUGUGCACAAUAUAGGUUUGUCUGGCCAGACUAUAGAAAAACAAAAUCAGACUAUAGAAAAACAAAACAGACUAUAGAAAAACAAAACCAGACUGUAGAAAAACAAAACAGACUAUAGGAAGACUGAGACUGACUGAAACAGACUAUUAAUGACUAUUAAAGGGAAGACGACUAUUAGAGAGAAGUAAUAAUAAUUACUGUACGUACCAGACUAUUAAAGAAAACUUAUUUUUUCACUGUCUUAUGCAACAUCUGACAGGGAGACACCUUGAGAUUUAUUGUUGCUUUCAAAUUUAUGCCCAGUUAAUUUUUAGGAAGAGAUCUCAUGUGUAGUUUAGGUAUUUGAUUGAUUUCCACUCCAGACGGAGUGCAGGUUACAUCUACAGACAUUCUAAAUAAUCCCUCUUUUGUUGCUGUUAACUUCAGCUCAGCUGUGCUCUUAUCAGUACCUGCUGAGGGGGGCUGUAACUGAGGCCCUCAAACAGGCUGCAUCACAGCUUGUUUAUGAUUUCACACACACACACUCAAACUGACCUCAACUUCAUUCUUUUGGGAUGAACACAGGUCUGCGCUUGCGAUUUCUUUUACUAACGAACAAAAAGAUUUUUAUUUUUAUUCUACAGUUCCACACGUCCCUCUGUGAAAACAUGAUGGAGACAGAUGACAGGACGUGGGUUCUUUCGUGAACAGAUGUCAACGGGGUGGAGACUGGUGAACGACUUCUGACCCCAUGUGACAUAUUUACCUACUUUGCAUACUUUAGAAAACUUUUUUUUAUUCUGCCUGUCAUGUGCAGCAAACAGUGAACUGGGUACCUCCACAUUCUAAUGACACACAUUACACGCUUUUGUUUUUAUUUUCAUUUUUCAGAGGACGCUCUGACCCAACACUCAGCCUUACAGGAAGCCCCUGCUUCCCUGUGACUCACACACAGACAUGAUGUAGGUUUGAUCAGAGGCUGUGAACCAGUGGUCAUCACACCUAAGUCUGACCACAAACCAUGUAAACAACAACACCCUCUUAAAGGAAGCCAUAGAUGGUGUUACUGCAGACACCACUAAGAUACUGAAACAUUGGAUGCUACAGGCCACAAAGAGAGCCUGUUUAAAUUACACUUUGUUCAGACAAAGGUUAUUUUCUGGGUCAUUGUAAUUACAGCUGAUGGCAAAUCCAUCUCACCCAACAGAGUUAAAGCAAUUUGAGACCUGCCUAAACCGUGCACGUAUAAACAGCUGAUGUCUUUUCUAGGUCUUUGUUCUUAUUGUAGGACCUUCAGUCCUAACUUUACUGUCUUUGAGGCCCCACUCAGGGUUCUGAUGCAGACGUCUUCAUCGUCCACUUCUUGUCUCACGUGGACGUCUGAGGCUGAACAACGUUCACCGACCUCAUGCUUGCUCUUCAGUCGACUCUUACUUUGGGUCUUCCUGUUCUGACCCUACGCGACCUUUUACUCAAACAGUGCAUGAAAGAUCAGGUUAAAAGACUUCUGUUCUUUUGUCCUCAUACUGUGUCUUUGAUUCUUUUGGAAUAGAUCACAUCUUUCUACAGCCCGAUGGCUUAGAUGCAACACCACCUUGCUCAACAUGCUGAACAUUACUAUCAAGAGGCCGUCUUGAAGUCUGGCUCUUUGCUAAGACACUACUCUGCUCAGGCUGCAGAGUUGACCACAUUGACUGAAGCUAGUAAACUAGCAGAAGGAGAGUCUUUUACCAUCUACAGACUCCACAGAUGCUUGUCACACGUUGGUUCUCUGUGGAAGCAUGGGAAGCUUUGAAGUCUGAUUGCAAACCUAUCUCACAUCAUGAUUAGGUUGCUGCUUUGCUGGACGCUGUCCUGCUGCCUACAGCUAAUGCUGUUUUUACAUCAUCAGUGAUGACUUUGUUUCUGCCGACAUGCAGCUGCAGACGCUGCUGCGAAGGUCACUGCCCAACAACCCCUCCCUCUCCUGAUCCUCAUUUCCCUUUCCAACUCUCUCUAUCCUUUCCUUCCUCAUCUCCCUGUGCUUUAAACAUUUUGUACCUCACAGGAACUCAGACUCUGGCAGACGAAUGGUUCCACCUGUAGCCAUGGAGUCUGGUUUGGGCCUGACGACAAACCGUGCCGCCCAAACACUUUUUCCCCACAGUUCAGAUUUACUAACAGGUGAAAACAGGCGACAGGACCAGGGGACUGGGCGAUCGUUAAGGAGUUCAGGAGGAAGCAUUGGGACUCCACGGUGGCGAGGCCCCUUCCAGGUCCUUCUGACGACCAACACGGCUGUGAAGAUCGCAGAAAGAGCGACUUGGAUCCACUCCAUCCAGGAAGGUCCCGGAUCCAACAGACGACCCUCCAUCCACAUCUCACGGAGAAAACCACCACUAAAGAAAGGAACUGAGAAGGACGACCCUCGCUGUGCUCACACACGCACUGAGGCGAGGCUGCGUUGACCGUUCAGCUAAAGGUGUGAGCCAAGCGCCGCCUGAAGCUGCGUCCGUGAAUCACACUAUCAGACCAUAAAUCUACACACACGUUCCUGAGAAAACACACACACGAGCAGCCUUGAGUUGCCGACGCUGGACGACGUGUAGACUCUUCACAUCACGGGAGUGACAGUGACUCAGACGACAUUGGGAGGAAACCUGACGGUGAUAACGAACCCCAAGUGUCUCUGUGAUCAGCUGAUCACAACCUGAAGAACUCCAACGAACUGGCAAUACUUCAACACACAGGUUGGAAACAAUCUAACGCUACUGUUCAACAGAAGAAGCAGAUUGUUACGAGACAUCAAUUGUAAACAUGCUUUGUUAGACUUCAUUUUAUGUUACUUGGAUUGUUGUCUUUAUCAUAUGAUGUUUCUAUGUAACUUUACACACUACUUUUGAAUGAGAAAAUUUCACAUAAUUCACAACACUGAGUUUAAAUAUCCUAAAGUUGAUUUGGUGUUUAAUUUGCUCACAAUCACUUAUUCACUGCUACAAUUAGUUUUUAUCCUUCAUCUACAGAUGACAGAGGUUAUGAGAAAAUGAAAUGAAAUCUAUCUUAAGAUUACUGUAUAUGAUACAGAACCCCACCGGAAACCUAUGGCUAUCAUACAUUAAUUGUCUUUAUUACAUUACAAUUGAAUGGCCGUAGACACGUUGUUAGCAGAGAAAAGAGGCGUUGUGUUUAUGUUUGGAGAGGCAUGUUGUACUUACAUCCUGAAUAACACUGAUUCUAAUGGUAUUGUGGCGAAGGCGCUACACGGCCUUCAGAGUCUCAGCUAACUCUGGUAUAGAUUCUUCCUCUUGGAAUUGGCUAGACGAGAUGUCUGGAAAAUGGAAAUCUGUUCUCAUUUCGUUUCCUUUAUCAUUGUGAUGGCUGUGAUUCUCUUGUUUGGUUUUUGCGUUAUCCCACUGGUUAGAGGUCUCAUCAUGCGUGCGACCUCAGCAACACUCUCGUAUCAAAUGACACAAUGCACUAUGUUCAAAAACCCCAACUCUAAUUCACUUAAUGACUUUGACAAUGGUCUUAGGCUAUCUGACCACAAAAUAUAAUAUGAUACAAAUAUGAUAAUGAGCUUAUUUUCUUCACAUGCCGAUACAGAGGUUAUUCUUGUAUGACUACCCACCAAAAACAGCUCCCAACCAUCAGUCCCUAAGUUACUUGCAUUUUAUAUGGAGGUGUAUUUGGAAUCUUGAUGAGUUAAUAGCCUUAUUGUUUCAUUUGCAAGGAUCUUUUAUUAUUACAGAAUGUGAUGUUGACAAUUUUUUUUCUUUUAUGGUUUGAUUAAUGUGUACUCAAAA